AUGGCUGAGAUUGAAAAAGUCUCAGCAUGCUUCCUCGAGCCUCUGAAGACCGUUCAUGAGACUCGCUCGGAGGAAGUCUUCGUUCGAGCGUUCGUCGUCGAGAUCCCUGCCAAGUUGACAAGCAAAGCUCUCAGCAUUGUCAAACCCAUCAUUCCCUCUGGGGGCAAGCAUCCGUCCUUCGGCCAUUUCCGUCGCGUAUGCACUCUGACUCAUCUGCCCGAGGACUUGACAUGGCGGCGUGAUUACGAUGCGAGGGGACUGCAAACCACAUUUGUGCUGGUACCGAACACCGUGGUGCCGUGGGAGGAUAUCAAAGCCAUUUUUGAGCCGCAUAUCGAUGUUGAAGGCCUCCCUCGCUGCUUCGACGCUGUGGUUCCUCGCCAUGCACCAUUGAGUGCUGAACAGGCUGCCCUCUGGAGUGAGCGCUAUUGGCCAGCAAUCUACAAUCCUGCCGCACAGGUCAUUCAGGAUUGCCCGCCGCUUCAUCAUCUCCGUCGCACUCGUGCUCUGCUGGAGGUCCCUGCCACCGACAGGUACAUGGAGCUUGCGUUGGCGGCUGCUGGGCAAUCUAAAGAACAUGGCCAUGGAAGAGGAGUCGGUGCUGUUGUUGUCGACCCAGAAACUGGAGCCGUCGUAGCCGUUGCAGGCGAUGCUCGCUGGUGGUCUGCUGAUGGAGAGCUCCCGCAGUCUCCAACGGCCGAUCAAGGAGAAGGCAAACCUGAGUGGCAUGCCGUCAUGCGUGUCAUUGCCAUGGUUGCAAACAAAGAACUACGUCGACGCAUCAAUGCCGGAGGACACCUGAAGUUCAAGGAUACCUGCACCGAGACUCCAUCCGGCCAGUCUCUCACGCUCAUCGAAACUCACUAUGAGGAGGAAGACGAACCUCUUCGUGAUCUCAGCGCUGGACUGGGUAAUAUUGUGCUCGAAAACUGCAGCAUCGAUGCGUUACCGGAGAAACGGACAGGCCCUCGCGGUGAAGGCUAUCUCUGCAGUGGGCUCGAUAUCUACCUCACUCAUGAACCCUGUGUUUGCUGUGCAAUGGCUAUGAUCCAUUCCAGAUUCCGGGCAUGUGUUUUUGCCCGACGCAUGUAUGGCAGUGGUGGACUCUCUGCCGAACCUGGCAAGAACAGGCUGGGUUAUGGUCUCUUCUGGCGACGAGAGCUCAACUGGCGCGUCAUGACAUUCCAACAUACGCUGGUUGCUGCCCAGGAGGGCGAAGACGGUCGAAUGGAUACGGAAAUAUUCCAUGCUUAG